AUGGCCAAUCAGGUUGCCCAGUUCAAAACACUUUAGCGAUGGAAAGAGUUAGGAGAGUAAUUUCCACGUAGGUCAACGCGGGCGGGCAGGCGGAGAGUAGAAACUAAUCGCUUUAAAUUCCCCGGUUUGGGGUCGAUGGGAGCAGAGCCUUAUGGCUGUACCUCAAUCUUACAAUUCUGACUUAGGGGUUAGUUUCAGUUCUGGUCUCUCGGGCCUAUCAAAUGCCAGCUGUAGCACCCUGCGGGCGUGGUUACCAUCUUGUUGGGGCUCUGGGAAGUGCCGAUCUCUAGGGGACCAGUCCUGAUAAUACCAUAAAAGGCUUGGUUCUCUCAAUUCUGAAGCCGUGUUCUGUUGACCUUCCUCUAGGAGCGAUACCGCGGCGGCUCCGUUUGCAGAAUCCGUGGUUCUCGAGUCCCAUGUCCUCUGCUUCCUAGCCGCUUUCAUUGGCUCCGCCCCCAUGAACCUUACUCGUCCACUCUCGGAACGCCCUCCUGGAUACAGACCGCACCCCCUCGCUGCGGCUCCGCCUACCCCGCCCGUAGCUUGGCCCAGGCGGUAGUUCGCGUUUUGAGCCGCUCGUGCCACCAUAGCUGCUCUUACAGCUGCCGCCGCGGAGCUGAGAGCGCCGAGCGCGAUGCCUGAGGGCGCUGUGAGCCGGGCGGUCCGACCCCGGGGCUGGUCAGUGAGAGGGCAUACUGGAAGGCCCUGUGGAGUGGGAAGGCAGUGCCACUGUUGAGACAAGUCCCAAGAUUGGGCAAGGAACUGUCCCAGGGGCUCCUCAUCAUGAUGGCUGUGGAAGGGUCAACCAUUACCAGCCGGAUCAAGAACCUGCUGCGAUCCCCAUCCAUCAAAUUACGCAGGAGUAAGGCAGGAAACCGGAGAGAGGACCUCAGCUCCAAGGUGACCUUGGAGAAGGUGCUUGGAAUAACAGUGUCUGGAGGCAGAGGACUUGCCUGUGACCCCCGAUCGGGUUUAGUUGCCUACCCAGCUGGGUGCGUGGUUGUGCUGUUCAAUCCCCGGAAACACAAACAGCACCACAUCCUCAACAGUUCCAGGAAAACCAUAACUGCCCUUGCCUUCUCCCCUGAUGGCAAGUACUUGGUCACAGGAGAGAGUGGGCACAUGCCUGCCGUACGGGUUUGGGAUGUGGCUGAACAUAGCCAGGUCGCAGAGCUGCAGGAGCAUAAGUAUGGUGUGGCUUGUGUGGCUUUCUCCCCUAGUGCCAAGUACAUUGUCUCUGUGGGCUACCAGCAUGACAUGAUUGUCAACGUCUGGGCCUGGAAGAAAAACAUUGUGGUGGCCUCCAAUAAGGUGUCCAGUAGGGUGACAGCAGUGUCCUUCUCUGAAGAUUGCAGCUACUUUGUCACUGCAGGCAACCGGCACAUCAAAUUCUGGUACCUCGAUGACAGCAAGACCUCAAAGGUGAAUGCCACUGUGCCCCUGCUUGGCCGCUCAGGGCUGCUGGGGGAGCUACGGAACAACUUGUUCACAGAUGUGGCCUGUGGCCGAGGGAAGAAGGCAGACAGCACCUUCUGCAUCACGUCCUCAGGACUGCUAUGCGAGUUCAGUGAUCGGAGGCUUUUGGAUAAGUGGGUGGAGCUGAGAACCACUGUGGCCCACUGCAUCUCUGUGAGCCAAGACUACAUCUUCUGUGGCUGUGCUGAUGGUACCGUGCGCCUCUUCAACCCCGCUAACCUGCACUUCCUCAGCACUCUGCCCCGGCCCCAUGCUCUGGGGACAGACAUUGCCAGUGUCACUGAGGCCAGUCGCCUCUUCUCCGGAGUGGCCAAUGCCAGGUAUCCAGACACCAUUGCCUUGACCUUUGAUCCUACUAAUCAGUGGCUGUCUUGUGUAUACAACGACCACAGCAUUUAUGUGUGGGACGUGAGGGAUCCCAAGAAAGUGGGCAAGGUGUACUCUGCUCUGUAUCAUUCCUCCUGCGUCUGGAGUGUGGAGGUCUACCCUGAAGUGAAGGACAGUAACCAGGCCUGCCUGCCCCCCAGUUCCUUUAUCACUUGUUCCUCGGACAACACCAUCCGCCUAUGGAACACAGAGAGUUCCGGGGUACAUGGCUCCACCCUGCAUCGAAACAUCCUCAGCAAUGACCUCAUUAAGAUCAUCUAUGUGGAUGGGAAUACUCAGGCCCUGCUGGACACUGAGCUGCCUGGAGGAGACAAAGCUGAUGGGUCUCUGAUGGAUCCCCGUGUGGGCAUCCGCUCUGUGUGUAUCAGCCCCAAUGGACAGCAUCUAGCUUCAGGGGACCGUAUGGGCACGCUUAGGGUGCACGAGCUGCAGUCCUUGAGCGAGAUGCUGAAGGUGGAGGCCCAUGACUCGGAAAUUCUAUGCCUGGAGUACUCUAAGCCAGACACAGGUCUGAAGCUGCUGGCAUCAGCGAGCCGGGACCGGCUGAUCCACGUGCUGGAUGCUGGACGGGAGUAUAGCCUACAGCAAACAUUGGAUGAGCACUCAUCCUCCAUCACCGCUGUCAAGUUUGCAGCCAGCGAUGGGCAAGUCCGAAUGAUCAGCUGUGGAGCAGACAAGAGCAUCUACUUCCGCACUGCACAGAAGUCUGGAGAUGGAGUACAGUUUACACGGACACACCACGUGGUACGGAAGACGACCCUCUAUGACAUGGAUGUGGAGCCCAGCUGGAAGUACACGGCCAUCGGCUGCCAGGACCGAAAUAUUCGGAUCUUUAACAUCAGCAGUGGGAAGCAAAAGAAGCUGUUUAAAGGGUCACAGGGUGAGGACGGCACUCUGAUUAAGGUGCAGACAGACCCCUCAGGGAUCUACAUUGCCACCAGCUGUUCCGACAAGAACCUUUCCAUUUUUGACUUCUCCUCUGGAGAGUGCGUGGCCACCAUGUUUGGCCACUCAGAGAUUGUCACUGGCAUGAAAUUUAGUAAUGACUGCAAACAUCUCAUCUCUGUGUCAGGGGACAGCUGCAUAUUUGUGUGGCGCCUGAGCUCUGAGAUGACCAUCAGCAUGAGGCAGCGUCUGGCUGAGCUGCGCCAGCGUCAGCGAGGCAGCAAGCAGCAAGGACCAUCCUCUCCCCAAAAGGCUGCUGGACCCAACCGGCACGAGGCCCCAUCUAUGCUCUCUGUUGGACCAGCUCUCUCAUCAGAUAGUGACAAGGAGGGAGAAGACGAGGGCACUGAAGAAGAAGAACUUCCAGCUCUCCCCAUCCUUGCCAAGGGUACCAAGAAAGAACCAGCCUUGGUGCCCAGCCCAGCCCUGCCCCGAAGCCUGUCCCACUGGGAGAUGAGUCGGGCACAGGAGACAGUGGAGUUCCUGGACCCAGCUCCUGCAGCCAACCAAGGACCCAGAAGGAGAGGGCGCUGGGCUCAGCCAGGCGUGGAGCUGAGUGUUCGCUCCAUGCUGGACCUGCGGCAGCUGGAGACACUGGCCCCAAGUCCUCGGGGCCCUAGCCAGGACUCGCUGGCCAUGACCCCAUCUGGUCCUGGGAAGCAUGGUCAGCAGGCCCCUGAAACCUCACAUGUUAGCCAGAAUGAAAAUCCCCCUCGGCUUCAGGCUUCCCAACCUUGUUCCUGCCCCCACAUUAUCCGAUUGUUGUCCCAAGAGGAAGGGGUCUUUGCCCAAGAUCUGGAGCCUGCACCCAUUGAAGAUGGUAUUGUCUACCCAGAGCCGAGUGACAGCCCCACCCUGGAUACCAGUGAGUUCCAGGUGCAGGCACCAGCCCGAGGGACCCUGGGAAGAGUGUACCCAGGCAGCAGGGGCUCAGAGAAGCACAGCCCUGACAGUGCCUGCUCUGUGGAUUUCAGCAGCAGCCGCCUUUCCAGCCCUGAGCACCCUAAUGAAGACUCUGAGAGCACGGAGCCCCUGAGUGUGGAUGGCAUUUCCUCAGACCUUGAAGAGCCGGCUGAGGGUGAUGAGGAAGAGGAGGAAGAGGAGGGAGGCACUGGCUCCUGUGGGCUGCAGGGAGGCAGCCCCCAUACCCCGGACCAGGAGCAGUUUCUAAAACAGCACUUUGAGACUCUGGCCAAUGGGGCUGCUCCAGGGGGCCCAGUACGAGUACCAGAGCGGAUAGAGUCUCGGAGCAUCUCUUCACGAUUCCUUUUGCAAGUGCAGACCCCCCCACUCAGGGAACCAUCCUCAUCUUCCUCAAGCCUGGCACUGACAUCGAGACCAGUCCAGGUGCUGCAGGCUUCUGGUGAGCAGCUGAGAGGCAAUGGUGCCAAUCCUCCAGGAGCACCCCCGGAGGCAGAGCCCUCCCCUAGAAACCCUAGCCCCCAGCAGGCAGCCCCUGUGCUGUUGCCACGACGCCGUCUCAACCCAGACAGCAGCCGGGCCCCGAAGAGAGUGGCCACAGCCAGCCCCGUAGGUGGACUCCAGAAAGCCCAGUCUGUGCAGAGCCUGGUGCCACAGGAUGAGUCCCCUCCACCAGGCCCAUUGCUCUUACGGGAGAUGGAGGGGCAGGAGGGCCUGCGCUCCCUGCCCCAGACUGAGGGCCGUCUGUCUCGGCCACACUCCUACCAGAAUCCCACCACCAGUUCCAUGGCCAAGAUAUCCCGCAGCAUCUCUGUUGGGGAGAACCUGGGCCUGGCAGCCGCACCUCAAGCUCCUGCCCCCAUCCGAGUCUCACCGCUCAGCAAGCUGGCCCUGCCUACCCGGGCUCAUUUGGUCCUUGACAUCCCAAAGCCGCUGCCUGAUCGACCUACCCUGGCCACAUUCUCACCUGUUACAAAGUGCCGGGCUCCUGGUGAGGCAGAACAGCCUGGCUCUCCAGCGGGCCUAGGAAAGACUCACAGCACAUCUGAGAGGCGGGCCUGUUUGGAGGAGGGUACCACUCCCAAGCCUAGGACAGGGUGCCAGGCUCAGCCUGGGCCCACCAGCCCCUGUUCCCAGCAACUGCUGGUCAGCAGUCUCUUCCGAGGCCCUGAGAACUUGCAGCCCCUACCCCCUGAGAAGACUCCCAGCCCCAUGGAAUGUACCAGGCCAAGGGCAGCCCUGAGCCAGGACUCAGAACCAGCAGUGAGCCUGGAGCAGUGCGAACAACUUGUGGCAGAGCUCCAGGGCAAUGUGCGCCAGGCCGUGCGGCUCUACCAUUUGGUGGCUGGCUGCAAGACGCCCUCAGCAGAGCAAAGUCGCAUCACUCAGCUCCUCAGAAACACCUUCUCUUCACUGCGGCAGGAGCUAGAGGCCCUGGCUGGGGUAGUGUUGUCCAGCCCAGGUGGGAGCCCUGGGGCUGUGGGGGCUGAGCAAACACAGGCCCUGCUAGAACAAUACUCAGAGCUGCUGCUUCGAGCCGUGGAGCGGCGCAUGGAACGCAGACUCUGAGUUCCAGAAGCUUGUCCCAAGUGAAUGCUCCCCCUAUUCCAAACUGUAGCCCCUCCUCCACUCGCCAAAACGUGUGGGAAUACUUGGAGUGGAUAGCAGGGAUCAGUGCUCAAGAGGGGAAGCAGCUUUCCCAGGAGCUCCUCAUGGGGCCCCUGUAUUUAUUAAUUUAUUUCCCUGACUGUUGCCUCACUUUCUUGGAACUCCUGCCUCCACAGCCCUUCCAGUGGCUCAUGCAGGGGUAGGUCUUGGGUCUUUGUCAUCUUGGUGCUGUGAGGAGUAGGAGGGCAGCCUGCCCCAUCUGGGGGAAAUCGGGAAGGGCUGGCCCUCUCUUCUUAGAAGCCAUUUGAAAUUACUGCAGGGAUCAGCUCCCUGUGGUGGAGCACACACAGGGUAUUCAGUGGGGUAGAGGUGAGAGGCAAUGUGGUGUUCAGUGCCCUUCAGCCAACAGCAGAGCUUCACCUCUACCUCCACUUCCCCUCCCACACCAGCUGCACUCCCCUAGCUGCCAGAGCAGGGGUUAUCUCUGUUCCCCAAUUCCUGGCAGUUCAGAAAGGCAGAGCCCUCUGGCCCAGUGCGUUCCCAGCCAUCAGGAGGCUUCAGUUGGUAUCAAGGCCUGAGCCCCCACAUUCCAUUCCCAUUCCCCUCCAAGGGGGCCCUAUUAUUGUCUCUCUCCCUGUGCCCCCUUUCUCUCCUGGCCAGAACUUGUGGAGCCAGCUGUGGGACAUUGCUGCAGGACAGUAAAAGCCCUCUGCUGGGCAAACAUGAAGCCCUGGCCUCCUUUCCUCAGCCCCUUGGUCUUUCCUAUCCUCCAACCCUGGUCCCCUCCAACCCUGCUAAAGCCCAGAGGCCACCUUCUCCCUGCGUCCUGAGUGAUGCUCAGUCAGAGGCCUGUUUGAACUUCCCUCAUGGUUUACAGGGUGCUGGCCCACCUUCUAAGGAUCUUACACACACACACACACACACACACACACACACGAGUUGAGUACUUGGCUGGCUGAUGUGUGCCUGGUGUCCUCUCAUGUCCUGCCCCAGCUUCACCACUUUGGCUCAUGUGGAACUCCUAUCAAGGAGCACGAAAAGGGAUGGAACACACUAAACCUGAUUUCUGGAUUCUUGGUGUCCACAACCUAGCUGACAUGAGAUAGCCCAAAGGGAACCAGGUUUGGGUAGAAGGAGCUUCCUCAGUGGCAGUGCUGGGCGCCCAGGGUGCUCUGGGUACGAGAGAGUGAGGGGAGGGAGGCUCAUGGAACUGCAGCAGGGGCCAAGAGACACACUGGAAAGGUGGUAGGUGGGACAGGUAAGUGGUAGAGGUGAGGGGAUAGAUUAGAAUUAGAAGGGCUGUUGUUAGGUGUGAGGGGAAGGAGAUGAGGCACAGUGGGCAGGUAGAAUAGGACCAAUUAAUGAGGCAGUUGUUGAAGAGCUGGGGUGAAGAACAUGUGUCUCUGGGCCCUGCUGCUUCCCUCUGCCUCAGGUAAGUCAGGGCAGCUUUACAGCAGCUCCGGGCCACAAAAGCUGAUUCUCUCAUGGACAGACCUUUGGACCCUGCUUGCUCUAUAGGCAGAGGCUUAGGAAGAAAUUGGAUUCUGAAGGGUGCCCAGCUCCGUUUGCAUCAGCCUGUGCACCAGAAUAGAUGAAACCUAUUUCACCCUACUCUUCUGUGUUACCACCACCUGCAUGGGCAAACUGCAGAGAAAUCCUGGCCCCGAGAACCCUUGUCGAUGAGGGUGGACCCCCGUCCUCCCCCAGCAGGGCUGCAGCUGCUCUUGUGAGGGUUAGAAAUUCACUCCCACUCACCCAAACCGACACACCAGCAACAGCCCACCCCAAAUAGGGCUCACGCCUGGUCCUCUGGGCUGAGUUCUUCGGAUCCUCAGCCAGCCUAUCCCUUACGAGGAGGGAGCUACACUCCUGCUAAAGUUUGUGAGAAGGUGGCCGCCCUGUCCCAACCGCCAGCCCUUGUGGGGGUCCUGAGGCCGGGCUGGGGCCCGUCCCCUUCUGCAUGUCUGACGCCACUGGCAGCUGCCGCCCCGUCCAGAUUUGCCCUGACCCAGUUUUGAAAGCCCUUUAUUUAUAACUUUUAUACUUUGUCGAGGUCAUGGCGCUUCUCUCCUCCUCAAGUCUCACGAGGCAGGGGCUAGUUUUAACAUGUCCGUUUGUAUUGAUGUAUGAACUCGUCAAUAAACACAAUCAUUUGUUAA